UAUGCCUCAUCGCUAACUCAUCCACCACAGCUUAGCAGCAACCACCAGUGCCUCAAAGACUCUUUGAUCAACAAACUCUAGCUGAUCAGUGCUAGCUAAGUGUUAACAGCACUCUUCUCACAGAGAUCUAUUCCUCAUCAAUUAGAACUACAAGCCAUGGAUUCACCAAGGUCUAGCCAUUACAGAGGAGAGGAACACGAGAGGGAGGAGAUACAGAAGCAGAGGAGGCCGAAGCCGUCCAGUUCCUAGCCAAGUUGUUCGUAACUCUAUCCCUUGUAUUUGUAGUUGUCGUGUUGCCUGGCUACCGAGCAGCCCAAGCCCAGUAGUUAUGGCCCAUUGUCGAUCCCAUGGGAGAGCAGGGGAAGUCGCUAACACUAAGCUUGCUACAUAGCAAGCCAUGGGUUACUCCAAAAACCUAGGGGCUGGCCUGUUUGCCAUGCUGCUCCUUGCUCCGGCCGUCCUGGCCUCGGACCCUGACCCUCUCCAGGACUUCUGCGUUGCCGACCUCAACGGCAAGGCGGUCUCGGUGAACGGGCAUCCAUGCAAACCCUUGUUAGAGGCCGGCGUCGACUUCCUCUUCUCGUCCAAGCUGGCCAAGGCCGGCAACACGUCCACCCCGAAUGGCUCGGCUGUGACGGAGCUCGACGUGGCCGAGUGGCCCGGUACGAACACGCUGGGUGUGUCCAUGAACCGCGUGGACUUCGCGCCGGGAGGCACCAACCCGCCUCACAUCCACCCGCGCGGGACCGAGAUCGGCAUGGUGAUGAAAGGUGAGCUCCUCGUUGCUGGAGAGACGUUCCUCAUCCCGCGCGGGCUCAUGCACUUCCAGUUCAACGUUGGUAAGACGGAUGCCUACAUGGUUGUCUCCUUCAACAGCCAGAACCCCGGCAUCGUCUUCGUGCCGCUCACGCUCUUCGGUUCCAACCCGCCAAUCCCCACGCCGGUGCUCACCAAGGCGCUAAGGGUGGAGGCCGGGGUCGUCGAACUUCUCAAGUCCAAGUUCGCUGGUGGGUCUUAAUCCUUGGCAGCUUGCCCUAAAAUGGUCUCAGUAUAUAAUUGGAUAUAUGCAUGCCAGUGAAAUUUAAUAAUUGUUCAGCAGAAGACACGUAUUCAAGCUUCUAGCUAAGCUCGCAUGCAGUUGUAAUAAGAUUGAAUAAGUUAGCCUCGCGGUUUAGCCUUCAGAGCCAAUACGAGGAAUCAAAAUGUACUACUUUUUAUUGUCGUAUUUGUUCUUUGCGUUGAACGGAAUAUAUAAGUAUCAUUUUCAUAUA